UGAGGGGCUACAGGAGCUUGGGGGCCAGUGGCAGGAACAAGUCUUUUCCGACCCCAUGGAGCUGUAUGAGACGUCCCCCUACUUUUACCAGGAACCCCACUUCUAUGACGGGGAGAACUACCUGCCUGUCCACCUCCAGGGCUUCGAGCCGCCGGGCUACGAGCGGACUGAGCUCAGCCUGAGCCCUGAGGCCCGUGGGCCCCUGGAAGACAAGGGGCUGGGGACCCCUGAACACUGCCUGGGCCAGUGCCUGCCAUGGGCCUGUAAGGUGUGUAAGAGGAAGUCGGUGUCCGUGGACCGGCGGCGGGCAGCCACACUGAGGGAGAAGCGCCGGCUCAAGAAGGUGAACGAGGCCUUCGAGGCCCUGAAGAGGAGCACCCUGCUCAACCCGAACCAGCGCCUGCCCAAGGUGGAGAUCCUGCGCAGCGCCAUCCAGUACAUCGAGCGCCUGCAGGCGCUGCUCAGCUCCCUCAACCAGGAGGAACGCGACCUCCGCUACCGAGGCGGUGGCGGGCCCCAGCCUGGGGUGUCCAGUGAAUGCAGCUCCCACAGCGCCUCCUGCAGUCCAGAGUGGGGCAGCGCACUGGAGUUUGGCCCCACCCCGGGGGAUCAUCUGCUUACAGCUGACGCUACGGAUGCUCACAACCUGCACUCCCUCACCUCCAUCGUGGACAGCAUCACAGUGGAGGAUGUUUCUGUGGCCUUCCCAGAUGAAAACAUGCCCAACUGAGAUUGUCCGCCAGGCCAGGUGUCCGAGAGAGCCCCCAGGCUGGCCAUAGACACCACCACUUCUGCAGGAGGGGACUCCUAAGUCAGGCUGGGCAGAUGCCAGGAAGCCAGCCGUGGGGCUGCCUGAUGCCAGGCUGUACCCCUCCUCAUCCACACCAGGUUAACCCACCACCCAGAGAGGGAAUGGACGCUCUCAUUUAGCCAACUCCUUAGAGCAGAGAGCAUCUGUUUCCAGGGGACCAGAGUGCCCUCAUGUGUGCCCCCUGGCUCGGGGAGCAAACUCAGGAGCUUCCCUUCGAUCAUAACGAGCCUCCAAUUCCACCCCCACAGUAGAAACGGUCUGAGAGACGAGACAGUGUCCCGACCUGGGUAAGCCGUGCCCAUCUCCUGCUCUUGUCUCCACCUAAUGCCAGUGGUUGGGCUGGGCCCGCCUGAAGUGGGAGGGAAGAUCGGGAGAGGAACAGUCCCUGUUCCCGAGUCCCUGGGGGGCCAAGCUUUUGCAGUGAAUAUGGGGAAACUUCCAGUGGUUUUAUGUUUUGUUCUGUUUUGUGUGUUGUUUGUAAAGCUGCCGUCUGACCAAGGUCUCCUGUGACGAAGUUGCAGGGACAGGCAAGGGGGUGGGGGCGCGAGCAGGGGCUCGUGGGGUGAUUUCUUUUGUUAACUAAGCAUUGUGUGGUUUUUGCCAUUGUUUUGUAAUUUUUUUUUCUUUUUUGCUAACUUAUUUGGAUUUCUUUUUUAAAAAAUGAAUAAAGACUGGGUGCUGUAAGAGUGUCUG